AUAGUUUCAGUGACCAUGGCAGCUGUUGAAACCAAACUGAGCUUGAAGCUUCUGGUAGACACGAAGGGUCACAGAGUACUGUUUGCUGAGGCCGGUAAAGAGUUUGUUGAUUUUCUGUUUAACUUACUGUCCCUGCCUAUUGGGACUGUGAUAACAAUUCUGUCUAAACAAGGGAUGGUUGGUGCCCUUGGAAGGCUUUAUGAGAGCAUUGAGACUCUAAGUGAUACGUAUAAGCAGGCAUCACAGGUGGCCUUGGAUGCCCUGUUGAAGCCUACCGUGUAUGCCUCAGCAGCUGCUCCUCUGCUGUUGCCAAAUAUACAGAUAACGAAUUCGGCAAGGUUUUAUGGGUGUAGCAGGCUCAAUAAUAAUAACUGCCAUAAUCAAGUGACGAAUGAUCCUAGCGUGCAAUGUGCUAAUUGUGGAGGCUCAAUGAAUAGAGAUCUGAAAUAUGUUGAUCCACCAAAUAAGAAGGCUUGCUCUCCUGAAGAAGGUUAUGUGAAAGGGGUCGUGACAUAUAUGAUCAUGGAUGAUCUACAGGGGCACUUGAAGAAAUGGUGGUUGAUGUGGGCAUGGAUAAGGGAGUGGAAUUGCUGAAGGCUUCUUUGCACUCCAAGGCAGUUCUUACCGAAGUAUUCCUUGAGAAGAAACCUACAGUUGUAUC